GGAAAGCAUUUGGUUACCUCCCUCUUGCUGACAGGUAAAGUUGUUGAUGUAGGAAAAUAAGUUGUGCUGCUUCUUCGUCACAUGGGUUCAAUACAGGAAGCAGCGUCCACAAGUGUUACCAGCCAAACAACUUUACACAAGCUGGCGGUGUGUCGAAGUGUCUCUUCUGGAUUUUAAGUGCACUGUCAGGUCAAUAACAGGGCAAGGAAGUGAAGUAAGCUGCUAUACUGUACGUGGUGUCAGCUCUCGCCAUGAAGAUUUCAGAUGGGAACAAAGAAGAGUGGGGAGAUGAGCCAGCCUGGAGAUUUGGAUUAUUUUUGAAAGUAAGAAAGUAAAAAUCCAAAAUGGAGUUUCUUAAAAGCCUGGUACCAGCGUCUAUGUCGGGAGAGGCAGUUGUUGGGGACCAUACAGCUGGGUCGAAGGAGACUGGCCCCAGGCUACUGCGGAUGAGGAGACUGGGCUUGCUGGCCAUGGGACACACCAUAGAAGAGGACAGUACAGAGCAGGGGGGGCAGGUGGAUGUGGGUGCGCACAGACACGCCCUCAAAGGAAACAUCCGCCAUAUUAGAAAGCGCUCCUUCUUUUCACAUCCUUCUGUGGCCGUGGUCACGGGUCACACUGCUUCUACCCCAGUCAGCAGCAGCGCCAGUAGACGCCGUGCACCCGCCUCGGUCACUCCUCUGUCCUGGGACAAGCAGCACAUCGCCGCCAUGUCGAGCAUCACCAUCGACCCCGAGCUCAAACCGGGCGAGUUUGUCAUUAAGAGCCUGUUUGCAGAGUUCGCUGUGCUGGCGGAGAAGAAGAUCGAGAUGGUCAUGGCUGAACCACUGGAGAAGCCCCUUUCCCGAUCACUUCAGAGAGGGGAAGAUGCACAAUUUGACCAGUUAAUAAGCUCUAUGAGCUCAAUAGCAGAGCACUGUUUGCCCUCCCUUCUGCGCACACUGUUCGACUGGUACCGGCGGCAGAGCGGCACCGAAGACGAGUCUUAUGAGUACAGGCCUCGUGCCAGCACCAAGUCCAAAGGAGAUGAACAGCAUCGUGACAAAGAUUACCUUUUGGAACGGAGAGACUUAGCUAUAGAUUUCAUAUUUUGUUUAGUCUCUGUUGAAGUACUAAAACAGAUUCCUCUUCACCCAGUGCCAGAUGGUUUAGUACAUGAAGUCCUGAACCUGGCAUUUAAGCACUUUAAACAUAAAGAGGGUUACUGUGGGCCCAACACUGGCAAUGUGCACAUCAUUGCAGAUCUUUAUGCAGAGGUCAUCGGAGUCCUUACACAGUCAAAAUUUCAGGCUGUGAGAAAGAAAUUCAUCACAGAGUUGAAGGAGCUGAGGCAGAAGGAGCAGAGCCCCUACAUCGUCCAAAGCAUCAUCAGCCUCAUCAUGGGCAUGAAGUUCUUCAGGGUGAAAAUGUACCCCGUGGAGGAUUUUGAGGCGUCUUUUCAGUUUAUGCAGGAGUGUGCUCAGUAUUUCCUGGAGGUCAAGGAUAAGGAUAUCAAGCACGCAUUGGCCGGCCUUUUCGUCGAGAUCCUCAUCCCUGUGGCUGCUGCGGUGAAAAAUGAAGUGAAUGUACCAUGUCUAAAAAAUUUUGUGGAGAUGCUUUAUCAGACGACGUUUGACCUUAGCUCUCGGAAAAAGCAUUCCUUGGCUCUGUAUCCUCUGGUGACUUGUCUGCUGUGUGUCAGUCAGAAGCAGUUCUUUCUCAACAACUGGCACAUUUUCCUCCAGAACUGCCUCUCACACCUUAAGAUACCUUCUAACAACAGCAUCCGAAAGCAGAUUGAGACGCUGCAGAACAAAGACCCCAAAAUGUCGCGUGUAGCACUAGAGUCACUCUACAGACUGCUGUGGGUUUACAUCAUCAGGAUCAAGUGUGAAAGCAACACAGUCACACAGACUCGACUCGUCAACAUCGUUUCAGCACUUUUCCCCAAAGGGUCCCGAAGUGUGGUGCCCAGAGACACUCCCCUCAACAUUUUUGUCAAGAUCAUCCAGUUUAUAGCUCAGGAAAGACUGGACUUUGCAAUGAAGGAGAUUAUCUAUGAUCUCCUCUGUGUGGGCAAGUCUCACAAAACGUUCACCAUCAAUCCAGAGAGAAUGAAUAUAGGUCUGCGAGCCUUCUUGGUCAUAGCAGACAGUUUACAGCAGAAAGAUGGAGAGCCCCCAAUGCCCACGACUGGGAUUAUCAUGCCAUCGGGUAACACUUUGAGGGUCAAGAAGAUCUUCCUCAACACCACACUUACAGAUGAAGAAGCAAAGGUUAUAGGGAUGUCACUUUACUACCCUCAAGUCAGAAAGGCCUUGGACAACAUCCUGAGACAUCUGGACAAAGAAGUGGGGCGCUCUAUGAGUAUGACCAGUGUCCAGCUGUCCAACAAGGAGCCUGAGGACAUGAUCACGGGAGAGAGGAAACCAAAGAUCGAUCUGUUCCGCACAUGUGUUGCUGCCAUUCCUCGACUAAUACCAGAUGGCAUGAGCAGACAAGACCUCAUUGAGCUCCUUGCAAAGCUGACUAUACACAUGGAUGAGGAGCUUCGUGGGCUUGCUUUCACCACUUUGCAGGCUCUCAUGGUGGACUUCCCAGAGUGGCGUGAGGACGUGCUCUCAGGGUUUGCGUACUUUAUCGUCCGGGAAGUGACAGACGUACACCCCUCUCUUUUGGACAACGCCGUGAAGAUGCUCCUACAGCUCAUCAGCCAGUGGAAACAAGCGGUGCAGAGCGGCAAUAAGGGCCACGAUGCUCAGGUCAAAAGCUCAGGCAACAGACACUCCCUCUCCCUGGACCGGAGCAACCCCCUGGGAGUGUUGCAUGUGGUGGAGGGGCUAGCCCUGGUGGUGCUCUGCAGCUGUAGACCAGCCACACGACGACUGGCUGUAAAUGUUCUCAGAGAAGUUAGAGCGCUGCACACGGCAUUGGGCAUCAGCAAGGGAGAUGAGGAGCUAGCCAUUGAUGUGAUGGACAGACUGAGCGCUCCAGUGUUGGAGAGUUUCAUUCACCUCACAGGAGCUGAUCAGACAAAUCUCCUGUACUGCCCUAGUGGCAUUGAUCUGCAGACUUUAGCAGAAUGGACCUCAUCUCCCAUCAGCCAUCAGUUUGAUGUGAUCAGCCCCUCCCACAUUUGGGUGUUUGCUCAUGUCACUCAGGGCCAGGACCCAUGGGUCAUCAGCUUCUCCAGCUACCUGCGGCAGGAGCACCUGCCCAAACACUGUCCCACUGCCCUCAACUAUGCAUGGAUGUUUGCAUACACGCGCCUGCAGCUGCUGUCCCCACAAGUCGACAUAAACAGCCCCAUUAAUGCGAAGAAGGUGAACACUCUGAACAGCAGUGACUCAUUUAUGGGUCUUUGGAGGAACUAUCUGAUCCUCUGCUGUAGCUCCGCCUCCUCCUGCUCCAUCAGCUCCUCCUCCUCCAGUUCCGGCUCCGUCCGCUGCUCCCCGCCUGAGACGCUGGCGUCCACGCCGGACAGCGGCUUCAGCUACGACUCAAAGAUUGUUGGCACUCCGUCCCCUUCCUCCUUAUUUAAACACAUUGUUUCCAUAAUGCGCUCUGAGAGCGCUUUGGAGAUCACAGAGUCCCUGGUGUUGGGGCUUGGCAGGACCAACCCCACGGUAUUCAGAGAGUUAAUGGAGGAGCUGAAUCCCAUCAUAAAAGAAGCUUUAGACAGAAGGCCUGAAAACAUGAAGCGGCGCAGGCGCCGUGACAUCCUCAGGGUCCAGCUGGUCCGGAUAUUUGAGCUUCUGGCAGAUGCUGGUGUCAUCAGUCAGAUAGCAAGUGGAGGCUUAGACGCAGAGAGCCACUCUCUAAACAGUACGCUGCUUGAGUAUGUUGAUCUGACGAGGCAGCUGCUCGAGGCGGAGAACGACAAGGACUCAGACACUCUGAAGGACAUCCGCUGUCACUUCAGUGCGCUCGUGGCAAACAUCAUCCAGAAUGUUCCAGUUCACCAAAGGAGGACCAUCUUCCCUCAGCAGUCUCUGAGACACAGUCUCUUCAUGUUGUUCAGUCAUUGGGCGGGACCCUUCAGCAUCAUGUUUACUCCUCUGGAUCGAUACAGUGACCGAAAUAUGCAGAUCAACCGCCACCAGUACUGUGCACUAAAGGCCAUGUCUGCGGUGUUGUGCUGCGGGCCUGUAGCAGACAAUGUUGGGCUCUCAUCUGAUGGCUACCUCUACAAAUGGCUUGAUAACAUCCUGGAUUCUCAGGACAAGAAGGUUCACCAGUUGGGAUGUGAGGCCGUCAUGCUGCUGUUGGAGUUGAACCCUGACCAGAAUAACCUUAUGUUCUGGGCUGUGGAUCGCUGUUACACCGGCUCACGGCGUGUGGCCGCUGGCUGUUUCAAGGCCAUUGCUAAUGUUUUUCACAACAGGGAUUAUCAAUUUGACACUGUGGUGCUGCUCAACCUAAUUCUGUUCAAGGCAGCAGAUUCCUCUAGGGACAUCUAUGAGGUGGCCAUGCAGCUGUUACAGAUUUUGGAGCCUAAGCUCUUUCGUUACGCUCACAAGUUGGAGAUCCAGCGGACAGAUGGCAUCCUGACACAUCCAUCAGCACUGCCACACCUUUACUCUGUGUCUUAUUAUCAGCUGUCUGAGGAGCUAGCAAGGACAUACCCAGAGCUCACACUACCCAUCUUCUCAGAGGUGAGCCAACGUAUCCAGACAGCACACCCUGGUGGUCGCCAGGUAAUGUUGCACUACCUCCUGCCAUGGAUGAACAACGUGGAGCUGGUUGAUUUUAAACCUACAUCACGACGCUCAGAGGAUUGUGGGAGUGGAGAGGAGGACGAGGAAGUUCAAGACCCAGAGAUCAUGAUGGUGAACAGCCGGCGCUGGCUCCACGGAGAGGGCUGGGGCUCACCACGUGCCACAGCCAUGGUUCUCAACAACCUCAUGUUCAUGACCGCUAAGUAUGGAGAUGAGUUUGCUUGGUCAGAGAUUGAGAACGUAUGGAUCACAUUAGCGGACAGUUGGCCAAAGAACCUCAAAAUCAUUCUACACUUCCUCAUCAGUAUGUCAGGAGUCAGCAGUGACCCCAGCCUCCUGCCCUAUGUGAAACGUGUGGUGGUUUACUUGGGCAGAGAUAAGACUAUGCAGUUGCUGGAGGAGUUGAUGAGUGAGUUGGACUUGACGGAGCCGGUGAGCUCAGCUGUCACUCACAUGGACAACCCUCCGUACUACCGCAUCACCUCCAGCUACAAGAUCCCCUCAGUCACCUCAGGAACAACAUCCAGCAGCAAUACAAUGGUGCCAGGAACAGAUGGACAUCAUGACAGCAAGAUAAAGGAUUCAAACAUGGAGGACAGUUACACCCACUUGGAGAUCUAUGGAGGUCUGAACAGUAAUCUGACUCGACAGCACCACCGUCUGGAGUCUCGCUACAGCAGCAGCUCUGGAGGCUCUUAUGAGGAAGAAAAGAGCGACUCGAUGCCACUUUAUGCUAACUGGCGUUUGAAAGUGAUGGAGCACAACCAACCUGAGCCACUUCCUUUCCCUCCCACUGGGGGCUGCUGGUCUCCUUUGGUUGACUAUCUCCCAGAGACAAACACCCCUGCGGUAACACUGCACAGAUGUAAUAUUGCGGUCAUCCUACUGACAGACCUCAUUGUGGACCACGGUGUCAAAGUGGAAUGGAGCGCAUACCUGCACCUUUUGCUUCAUGCCAUUUUUAUUGGUUUUGAUCAUCAGCACCCAGAGGUGUAUGAGCACUGCAAGCGUCUGCUCCUUCAUCUUCUCGUGGUUCAGGGGGCCAACAGCAGCGUUCAGUCUGUGGCAAUGGUGCUUCUACGAAACCGGGAGUUCAAUGAGCCUCGAGUCUUGACUGUGAAACCUGCUCCUCCAGAGUAUAAUCUCACUGGAGUGCAGGACUCAUUACCAGUUGACUGUCACCCGUCCCCGAUGACUGACUCUGGCCUCAGCACCAGUUCCACCUCCUCCAGUAUCAGUCUCGGAGCCGGGUCAAGCGCUCUGUCCCAACUGUCUCCUUCAUUCCUCAGUGAAGUAAACGCUACAGCUGAACAGGAUGAGAAAGUCAAAGCUCUCAUCGAAUUCAUUACAACAAGGAAACGUGGUCCAUUGUGGAAUCAUGAAGAUGUCUCCCCAAAGAACCCCAAUAUCAAAAGUGCUGAUCAACUCAGUAUUUUUGCCAGACAUGUUGUUACUGUCUUUAAGCAUUCCCAGUCAGGUGACCAACUGGAGUCAUUGCUGAGUGAAGUGGCUUUACAAACAGCUUUGUCUUGUUCAUCCCGUCACUAUGCCGGACGCUCAUUUCAGAUUUUCAGAGCCCUCAAACAACCUCUGACCCCUGCUACACUCUCUGACAUUUUGUCUCGACUGGUAGAGACUGUAGGAGACCCGGGAGAGGAGGCGCAGGGCUUUGUCAUUGAACUGCUGCUUACUCUGGAGGCAGGCAUCGACACACUUGCAGACACACUCAAGAAUUAUGACCUCCUCACUGCUUUAGCACAGACGCCCACACGUGAGCACUUGCUUGGGCCCAAAUUCGCUGCAAACCGGAAGAGUACGGGCCAGCUGAACUUGAACUCCGGUGGUCUGUAUAGUUAUGUUCAUGCCCGCAGUAAUUCUCUCCGCACCAGCCUGAUGGGAGAACGAAAAGGCGACAAGCGGCGAAGUAACACACUAGAUGUUGCUGAUCGCCUCAGUGGAAGCCACGGAAAUCUUGCACGAACUCGGAGCUUAUCGUCUUUACGUGAGGGUGGUGGAGGGGGUCCCACUGUGGACUCUAUGCCGACUGUUGACCCUUCAAAUCUGCUGGCCACAAUGUUCUGGAUAGCCACGUCUCUGCUGGAGUCAGACUAUGAAUUUGAGUACCUUCUGGCCCUGCGCUUACUCAACAAGCUCCUGGGACAUCUGCCUCUGGAUAAAGCCGAGAGCAGGGAGCGUUUGGAGAGGGUUCUGGCCAAACUUAAGUGGUACAGUUUCCCUGGACUCCUGCAGCUCUUCUUAAAGGGCUUCACCUCUGCAUCCACUCAGGAGCUCACCAUCCACCUGCUCAGCAAACUCAUCAGUGUGUCCAGGCACACGCUGGUGGACCCCUCGCAAGGAGCAGGUUUCCCAUUAAAUAUUUUGUGCCUCCUGCCACACCUCAUUCAGCACUUUGACAGCCCGACUCCCUUUUGCAAGGACACGGCUGAUAGAAUAGCCAAGGUUUGCACAGAUGAGAAGUCUGAUGCUUUGGCCAAUCUGGCGCACAUGAUGACGCUCUAUAGGAAACAAAACUACUCUCGGGACUGCACCAACUGGAUCAACGUGGUCUGCCGCUACCUCCACAUGGCCUUUGCCGACAUAACCCUGAAUCUUGUUACUUAUUUAGCUGAGUUGCUGGAGAAGGGUCUUCCCAGCAUGCAACAGUCGCUUUUACAGAUCAUCUACAGCCUGCUGAAUUAUAUUGAGCUGUCAGCAGCCCCUGUCAAACAGUUUAACCUGGAAAUCAUGAAGAUCAUUGGCAAAUAUGUCCAGAGCCCACAUUGGAAGGAGGCCCAAAACAUCCUGAAACUGGUGGUGUCCCGCUCUGCCAGCCUCGUUGUCCCUGACGAUGUGCAACGUUCCUACAGCACCGAAUCAUGUGGCUCUCCCGAAAUCGCUUUCACACGUAUUUUUAAUAACUCGUCCAAAGAGUUGCCAGGGAAAACUCUGGACUUCCACUUUGAUAUCUCAGAGACACCAAUCAUAGGGCAUAAGUAUGGGGACCAGCGCACAGCAGCGGGCCGUAAUGGAAAGCCUCAGGUCAUUGCAGUAACAAGAAGUACCUCGUCCACAUCGUCUGGAUCUAACUCAAACGGUCUGGUGCCAGUUAGCUGGAAGAGGCCUCAACUCUCUCAGAGACGAACUAGAGAGAAGCUCAUGAAUGUCUUGUCUCUGUGUGGUCCUGAAUCGGGUGUUGCGAAAAAUCCUUCUGUAAGACUCCUCUCGUACUCUAAAGCCUCUGACAAGGUGGUGUUUUCGUCCAAUGAAGAUCUUGACACCGGGGACCAGCAGACCAGCCUCAUUCCGACUGUGGAGGAGGUGGUCAGAGAAGAGGACGUACAGGGAGAAGACACAGGAAGUGAGCAACAGUUUGGGGUCUUCAAGGACUUUGACUUCCUGGAUGUGGAGCUGGAAGAUGCCGAGGGAGAGAGCAUGGACAACUUCAACUGGGGUGUCCGGCGGCGCUCCUUGGAGAGUAUGGACAAAGGGGACGGAGACGGGGACACUCCAUCCCUGCAGGAGUGCCAGUAUUCAGGCAGCACGCCAAGCCUAAAUCUCACCAACCACGAAGACACGGACGAAUCGUCAGAGGAGGAGGUACUGAGCGCUAGCCAGAUUCUCAACCGCUCUCGUCUCCUCAACAGUGAUUCAGCCACAGAUGACACGGCUUCCAACCAUGUGGACUCCCUCCAGCAGUCGCAGGAAUCAUCCAGCAGUGCCCUAACAGAGGAGCACCCUGUCCUGCCCUCCUCUUUACCCACCCUCCCUCACCUGGAUAGCCCUUCCCUCCCUCACCUGGAUAGCCCCAUGUUGGAGAGGGCCCACUCAGACAGCACCAGCAGCCAGCUGCCUGAGGAUGCUGUGAGUAUGACUGCGGUGGACGAGCUUAGCAGCAGCGUCAGUGAAGAUACAGGGUUUUGUAGCGCCCCUCCUCUGCCGCCGGACCUCUCUGAUCCCCAUGACCCGUCAGACGGUCAGGACUUGGAUGAUGCACAGGAGGACAUGCCAGAGGUGCUAGAGGUUCAGGAGGAGGUACUGGAGGUCUUGGAGGAGAUUUUGGAGGUACAGGAGGAAGUCUUGGACCCUCAGGUGGAGUUGGACCCCGCCCCCCCUCCUCCGCCCGCCAUAGAUACACCCCCAGGCUCUCUUUGUGAGGAAGUGCUACCCCUCCCUCCUGAGGCUAAACCUGACCCAGAGCAGGACCCGGACAGCACCUGUGGGUCCAUGUGGGAGAAUGAUGUGACCCAGGCCCUGAAGGAGCUGGAUGAGCGCUGUGAAGAGGAGGGGGGCGAUUUCUCCGGGAUGUCCAGUCAGGAUGAAGGUGACGCAGACUGUUUCCCCGAGGUCCAGGCCUCUCCCCCUCCGUCUCCCUUCCUGUCAGCCAUAUUGGCCGCUUUCCAGCCUGUCGCCUAUGACAACGAGGAGGACGCUUGGCGUUGUCAUGUCAACCAGAUGUUGUCCGACUCCGAUGGCUCCUGCGCAGUGUACACCUUCCACGUGUUCUCCAGGCUCUUCCAGAAUAUCCAGAGGAAGUUUGGCUCCAUCACCCAUGCAUCAGUGCGUUUUCUGGGCGAGCGGCUGCAGCGGAUGGGGAACCAGUUCCUCAGCUCUCUGGAGGUGAUGACAUCGCGCUCCCAGUGCCCCACAGUGCUGCUGGAUGCUGAGACGCUUGUGUCCUGUGGUCUGCUGGAGACUCUGAAGUUCAGUGUACUGGAGCUGCAGGAGCACCUGGACACAUACAACAACAAGAGAGAAGCAGCCGAGAUCUGGCUGGACAACUGCAGGAAGACUUUUGGGGACAAAGAUAGUAGCCAAAAAUCCAACACUCAUGCACAGGAGCUGGAGCUGUGUCGGCGUCUGUACAAACUGCACUUCCAGCUGCUGCUGCUGUUUCAGGCCUACUGUAAACUCAUCAGCCGUGUGGACACCAUUAAGAGAGAGGCCGAGGUUACUAACAUGUCUGAGGAGCUGAGUCUGCUGGAGAGCUGUCUGAAGGAGGCGGAGCUAGAGGCAGAUGUUCAGGAGGACGUGUGUAUGUCGGACCACGCUCACACCAGUACCGAGACUGCCAUCCAGUCCUUGAUCGAGACCCUGAGAGCGCGGGACUUCAGCUCCGCCCUCACGCAGGUCAAAGUCUUCAGGUCUUUGUGGCCAAACGAUAUCUUUGGAAACGAGUCGGACAACGCGGUCCAGACUCUUCUGCACAUUUACUUUCGGCACCAGACGCUGGGCCAGACGGGUUGCCUGGCUGUGGUGGGGCCUAGCAGGGACCUGUCCCAGGCUAGCGCUCGCCUCAUGGAGCUCAACCUGCAGAUCCGCGAGGCUCUAAGCCGGGCUCAGGCCCCACCCACCAUCAUCAGCACUGGGCUGUAGGCCUCAGGACACUGGACUGAACUUAAGAGCCCCCUGCCCUGUCCCAGGACAGGCAGAGGGCUCAGGAGGGACUCCACUUUAAAGGGCUAAAGGAUGUGUGGGAAUAACUGACUCUUCAUCUGUAUCAUUACAUAUGUGAGCAAGUAGAGCUAAUAUUGUUUCCCAGACAAGCCAAUCUGCAAAAUUCAGUUGCAAUAAGUCGUUGUAGAGUGCCUGAAAAGACGGAGACAGGAUGCACUGCUCCUGAGCUCCUUUAGUUUUUGCUGGAUCUGCCCUGGGCCUUCUCACAGACCUAUGGGCAAAGAGGGGCCUUAGGCGGAGAGGGCCAAAGGAGGCGUCAGGAGUCCAACAGAGAAUCUUUAGUUUUCAAAAGCAUGCUUGAAAGAGAAGAUUGCUGCAAGAAUAUUUUUUUGAGAAAUGUAUUUUUAUUAGAGCUAACAUCCUAGGUUGUAAAUGUUAGGGUAUUUAACAUGUAUUGAACCCUGUGGGGAUGUCCACCCUCAGGGAUUGUAAAAAGAGAAAUGUAUGGUCUUUGGAUCUGCUGCAACAGGUCCUGACGCAAAACUCACUCUUUAACCAAAUAAGUAGCUGCCUUUAGUCCCACUGUGCGCUGUAUAUGAGAUAUUCUGAUAUACACGCACUGAUGCAUACAGACUGGCUACAACUCAUUAUGGAAACAUAACUUAUUUUACUCUGUAUAUAUUUUAGAAAUGUAUAGUGUAAAACCAGUAUUUUUCCCUUGUAUUUUGUGUAAUGCACUGUUAUAAAGCCAACGAGAUGAGAGGAAGUCAAGACCACAUUUAAGUCUUUAAGUUUGUUUUUUCAUCCAACCACAAACUUCAGAAAUCACCCGUCAGUCUUGGUAAGGGGUCGUGGUCAGUGGGGUCAUGGCACAUUUGGGAUGAGCCUUGUGGGAUCGUGUGUGGCCUAUAGACUCCAGUUGCACCAAAUCACCAAACCACGUCCUAUGCAUUCCUUCUGUCCACUGUGAUUCUGUUGUCCCUGGCGUAUCUAUGUAAAGCUUUAUGAGAGGGGCGUGGGUUAUUGUCUCUGUAGGUUGACCACUGCAGCGCCCCCAAUGUCAUGUUGAAGUCAAUGCGCUCAGAAUGGCCCAUAGUGCUGCUGUGACUGCUGGAUUUAAACCCAAAUGCUUUUUGGAAAUUGCGGCACAUGGUUGUCAGUCACUGUACUCAUUCCUCAGAGAGCUUUUUCCUGCUUGUUUGGUACAUAUGAAUGCUGUUCUUAAUUAUUUAAUGAAAAAUAUUAUUUACCUGGAAAAUGCAUUAAUGUAGAGGUGCAUUAUACAGUUUUUUCUUCACUCACAUACCAGCCUUCUCUGGAUAAAUAAAAUCUAAUCAAUAAAUUAAA